AGUUUAUCAUCGCUUUGGCAUCGGCAGGGCUCCGCAUAUUUGCGCGACUUAACCCAGCAAAUGACCUAUAAGCAGCAAAAGCAAAAGGAAAUGAAAGCAGAAGACGACGAAACUAUACGACACCACUUCGACACGUGGAAUGGGUUCUGGGGACGGCCAGGUCACGGUGCCCCCAAGUCAACGGUCAAAAAACAGAGACUGGAUCGACUGCUUUAUCCUCAAAUGGUUCCCAUCAGCGUGCACUAACAAGGCACAUUUCUGUGUUUUCGUCUUGGCCACAACGUUUGCCAAAGAGGAAGAAACAAACGAAGUGAACCCACCUCGCAAACUCACAGCAAACCUGGACGCCAACCUCCGGAGAGCACUACUCAAAGCCCUAACCGAACUAGAAAACGAAGAAAACGAAAAAAAGCAGCUUUUAGACACAAGUGACAAAGUAGUGGAAAAAGCUUCCGCUUCUGCACUCUCCUUUUUCGCAAGUACCGAGCCAUCCAUCACCGAGAAAACCACCACUGAAGAAGCAACACCAAAACCGAUCGUAGUCAUACAAAAAAGCCACGGGCUACAACACAAACCCAUCACAACUUUAGAAAAAUAUAGCCCCGAACAUGAACAAAUCCUCACAAGUGCUAGUAGUAGUUUUACGUCGGCGUCGAACAAAUUUUUCGCCAAAACGGACAAACCAAACAUUAAUUUAGUAUCAAACGAAGUUAAAGCAACAACGAAGGUACGACCAAAAGUCGAAGUCACGACUGUGACAACGACCACGGAAGAAAGCCAAGCAAAAGUUGAAGAUGUGCAGUUUUUUUCCGCCCCUUUAGUCGCUGCUUUCACAGUACAUCAGGACGAACGCGGAUUACCGAAAAGUGUGGAGCCGAUUUUCCGGCCCAAAAUUGAACAGAAGGUCAAACCGAAACAGGAGACACUAAACCCGCCACAAGACCAGUUCAGGACACAGUUAGCCCUUCAGGAGAAACAGCGGGCUUUAGAAGCGGAAAUUUUAAGACUGAAACAGCAACAACAGCAGCAGAAUUAUCUGAUAAGGCAGCAACAAAUUCUCCACCAGCAGCAACUGCAACUCCAGAAACAGAAAAUUCUGGACGAACGGACCCGAAUUUUCAACCAACAAUCAUUCGUUCCUUUAGUGAGCACAACGCAACGAAACGAGUUCAAUCAACAACCGUUCGUCCCUUUGGUUUCCACAACGCAAAGGAAUGAGUUUAACGAUCCUUCAAGGGUUCGGGGGAGUUUAGUCUCCUUCCAGCCAAGUAUAAGCUUCACUUCGAAUCAACAUCCAUCGGGGGUUCUACCACUCAACGCCCAGCAACUACCGCUCAAAAACGCGGCUAAUUUUCGCGCCCCGUUCAUCCCGAACGACAAUUUACAACAGUUUAAUUACUUGAGCCAUCAGCAACCACCGUUGGAAACCAGCGUUUCGCAUUUUAAUUUCCAACCGACUGUUCAGCCCCAAUUGACGGCACCAAAGCACCAUCGCGUUUUUAGGCAAGAGGCCAACACUGGCAACUUUUUCAAUAAUUUUAACAAUUUCAAUCAAGCGCUCCCGCAGCAGAAUAGUAACAGGUUCUUUAGGUCGAACUUGCAGUAUAAUUUUAAUCGAGCCCAACCGCCCAUUGUAAACCAACAAUUAAACCACUUGCUGUAUAACUCGGGCUUGAUUAGGGGGAAGCAACAAGAGGAUUUGAAUAUUGUUUCAAAAGUUCUCGCUUUAAAUCACUACGGAGGUGAUUAUAGAUUUGACAGUUCAAAUGUUAGCGAACAAAGGGUGCCCCCGCCAGUCAUUAAGAAAGUUUGAGGCGCUUUGUUGAGCGGUGUUAUUUAUUUUAUGGAAUUUCAUAGUCAUACAGCAGUGUCAAGAGUUGUACCUUCGGUAUAGUACAAGUUAAUGUUAAGUUAUUGAGUUGUAAAUAAUUAUUCUACCUACGAACGCAUACGACUGAUUUCAACCAGAAAAUAGUUUCAGUUCCAUAGUCGCCGGUUCUGCUAUUAGCUCAGUGUGGUUAUCAUAUUUAUAACGUUUUUGAAAUAAUUUAUGUUAACUAUGAAUCGACUUUUGUUUGUACUUACUAAUAAAACAUAUCUAUAUAC